AUGGUUAUUUUAGAACACGAGAUUAAUGAAGAAAUAAAAAUGGAUAAAACUGACGCAUCUGAGAAAAAACGACUGGAAUCAUUAAAACAUAAGAAACAAAUUUUCAAAGCUAGAGAGUUGGCAGUGCAAAAUGCGUUGAAGAACUUGGAUAGUAAAUCAAAUAAUAACAAAAUCAUAUUUGAUGAUAAUAUUGAUAAAAUAGAACAAUCUAAGGUUAAGAAAAAAGAAAAAAAAAGAAAACGUGAUUUAUUUGAUGAUGAUGAUGAUGAUGUUGAUAACAAAAAUGAUGCUGAAUCAGUUUGGGAUGCUAGUAAAUUUAAAAUUAACAAAAGUAAAUCAGGAAAGUUGGUUGAGCAUAUUACUUUGGGAAAUGAUGAACGGUUUAAACUUGACGAACGUUUUAUGGAGGAUGAUCAAAACUCAGAUAAAAAUAUUACUAUAGAAAACAGCAAUGAAACUGACUUACAAAAAGAAAAGGAAUUGCAAUUAGAUAUUUUAGAAAAUAUUUUAGGAGUACCAAUUAUUUCAAAAAAUAAAGAUUCUAGUAAAGAUGUGAAGCCUGUAAAGAAAGGAAUGAUUAGAUAUGAUCCUACAGAAGACGGUCAUAAAGAAUAUGAGAUUAAUACAGAGAAAUCUGAACCAGAAGCAAAGAAAGUUAAGAAGAAAAAGAAGAAUAAAGAUAAUACAGAGGAUGUAAAUCAAAAUCCACCUGUAGAGGUGUCAAAAGAUAUAUAUUUUUCAGUGUCAAAUUCACUAUCACAAAGAUUAAAAGAUGGAGGAGAAGAAUUUAGUUUAUUAAAAACAUAUGGAAAAGAAAUAAAUGACGCAAAAACAAAUGAUAAUAAUGAUAUCUCAACUACAGAACUAUUGAAACCUUCAAAAAUACAAUUAGGUAUAGAUUCAAAGAAUCCGUUUAAAUAUGAUUCUUCUGAUGAUGAAUAUGACAACAAUUAUGAAUAUACCAAUAAUGAACAACAUACAAAUGAAGUGGUGGGACAUAUAAAUAAGUUCUUUUUUGAUACAAAUGAUAUUCGUUUUAAUGAAGCAAAAGAAUUUUUUUCGAAGGAGCCUAUAUCAGAAGAUGCAUUUAAAGGACUUAGACAUGAAUUAAAACAAAUUGUACGUGCGAAAGUUCUAAGUAAUAGGAAAAAGAAACAGCCUUGGGGAUAUAAAAAAAGAAUA